GAUUUCAUGUUGGUCAGUUUGAGGUUGACAAAUAAAUAUUUAUCAGAGUAAAUUGUUGAUGAAUCAAAGUUUCUAUCCCAAAAUGAGGAGAUUCAGGUUACUAGUCACGAUAUACCGAAGGCGGAAGUGAGAGACAGUGCAUUCUCUUGUUUUCUUGAGCCAGGGACCUUCCGUCGCGAGCUCAGCAGUAUAAACAGCACAGCCGAUCGCCUGCCCUCACGAGGGGAGCCAGCCCAGUCUUGUCAGCGCGCGGUGGUGUAGUGGAAGAUGGCGUUAGCCGAAUGGAAAUCCUAAUGACAGUCUCAAAAUUUGCCUCUUUUUGUACCAUGGGCGCCAAUGCCUCUGCUCUGGAGAAAGAGAUUGGAUCUGAGCAGUUUCCGGUCAAUGAGCACUAUUUUGGCCUGGUCAAUUUUGGGAAUACCUGCUACUGUAACUCGGUGCUGCAGGCUCUCUACUUCUGCCGACCAUUUCGGGAGAAGAUUUUGGCAUACCGUAGUCAGCCCCGGCGGAAGGAGAACCUGCUCACAUGUCUGGCCGACCUGUUCCAUAGUAUUGCUAACCAGAAGAGGAAAGUGGGUGUCAUACCACCCAAGAAGUUUAUCACACGGCUACGCAAGGAGAAUGAGCUGUUUGACAACUACAUGCAGCAGGAUGCCCAUGAGUUCCUGAACUACCUGCUAAACACCAUUGCCGACCUGCUUCAGGAAGAAAGGAAGCAGGAGAAGACCAAUGGCCGCCUUGCCAACGGUACAUUGGACUCUCAGAACAACAACAGCAAUGCCACACCUGCUCCCACCUGGGUCCAUGAGAUCUUCCAAGGCACUCUGACCAAUGAGACACGCUGCCUCACCUGUGAAACGAUAAGCAGCAAAGAUGAGGACUUUCUGGACCUUUCUGUAGAUGUUGAACAGAAUACCUCCAUCACACACUGCCUCAGAGGUUUCAGUAACACAGAGACACUGUGCAGUGAGUAUAAAUACUACUGUGAAGAAUGUAGAAGCAAGCAAGAGGCACACAAGAGGAUGCGAGUAAAGAAGCUGCCAAUGAUCCUGGCACUACACCUGAAGCGCUUUAAAUACAUGGAGCAGCUGCAGCGCUACACCAAGCUAUCCUAUCGCGUUGUCUUCCCCCUGGAGCUGCGUCUCUUCAACACCUCUGGAGAUGCCACCAAUCCUGAGAGGCUCUAUGACCUGGUCGCUGUGGUGGUACAUUGUGGGAGUGGUCCAAACAGGGGUCACUACAUUGCAAUUGUGAAAAGUCACGACUUCUGGUUGCUGUUUGAUGAUGAUAUUGUAGAGAAAAUCGAUGCACAGGCCAUAGAGGAAUUCUACGGCCUCACCUCUGAAAUCUCCAAGAACUCUGAGUCGGGCUACAUCCUCUUUUAUCAGUCCAGAGACUAAAAUGUUGAGCUGAGUGUUUUCACCACAGCAGCCGGGAGGAAACUCUGAUCCCGCUUUGUGGGGAGCAGUGGACCAUAAACGCACCACAGCAGCUCGCUUGGUGUCCUACCUGCUCACACAGCUGUAAUUCAAACCUGUGCUUUUAGGCACUCAGUGCUGCAGCUCAGCCAUGGAAGUUUAACCCCCCUUAAGUACCAGCUGCCCCUCCUCAUCCCCUUCACUCUGGCUGGACACUGCUGCAGGGACAAUGAGACAAUAAUGAAUGAAAACUGUGUUGAGAUUGUUUCUAAACAGAUGCUGAAUGAGGGUUGUACAGAUAUUAGUUGGUGUAUGAGUGGCGUACUAGUUUUUGCCUUGGGUGUGGGAUGAAUGGUUAUUUAAUAAUUCAUAUGACAUAAUAUUGGCCCAGUGUUUUCACCCCCACACUGUUAUUCUGCACUGGGUUUUACUUUGACUGGAUCAUCAGUUUUGAUCACGGAUAUAAAGAAUGAUGGGUUCGGGGGUGAGUGUCCCAUCUAUGGGGCAGACUGGGUUGUGUAUUUCUACAGUGUACAGAAUGGUAUUUGUAUAAAUAUUACAAGAAGAUAAUAUUAUCAUUGGAAAAUGUUAGACCUUAAGAAGAUGUAUUAACACUAUGGUGCACUUUUGAUACCGUUUUGUAGGUGUUGGCAAGUUUAAUGUGAGGGUUUGCUUGAAAAGGCCUGUUGUGAAGCGAUCAUUUUCUGUUUUAAAGAAAAAGAAAUAAAGCCCGUAAAGAUUGAG